AUUGCGACCUGACCCGCAGGGCUUUCAGAGAGAGGCAGGGCACGUCAACGUGAAUGAGGCCGAGCCGUCUCCACAGCCGCUGUUAUUACUGCCUGGAAAUGAGACUGGGAUAACUCACCAAUAUUAAAGACACUCACACUAUGGUGAAGCAUUAUCCGCUUCAAAAGAAGGAGACGCAAACCUGACGCUCUGACAGCGACCUUUACCACCGGAAACACGUUAGCUCUGGUAGCUAACGUGAGCUAGCUUAGUUAGCAGUUAUAUACCCUCGUUUUUUCCACGCAACUGACCUCCACCACAACACAGACGUACUGAGUGCCAUUUGCUCGCUAGGUUUGGGGGUUGUUCCCCCCCCUGCUUCUUCACGUCCGCUCCCAUUGUCCCCGUGUGGUGCCCCGUGGACGGUUCCCGAAUAUGAUACAUAAUGAGUCAAAGAGAUACCUUAGUUCAUCUGUUUGCUGGAGGAUGUGGGGGCACGGUUGGAGCCAUAUUGACUUGUCCACUGGAAGUCGUGAAGACCCGUCUGCAGUCAUCCACCAUCACCCUCUAUGUGUCUGAGGUUCAGCUCAGCACUGUCAACGGGGCCAGUGUGGCCCGCGUGUCCCCGCCAGGCCCCCUGCACUUCCUCAAGUUGAUUUUGGAGAAGGAAGGACCUCGUUCUCUCUUCAGGGGCUUGGGGCCAAACUUGGUGGGUGUGGCACCUUCCAGAGCGAUCUACUUUGCUGCUUACUCCACUGCCAAAGAGAAACUGAACGGUGUGUUGGAACCCGACUCCACACAGGUACACAUGGUGUCGGCUGGAAUGGCAGGUUUUACAGCCAUCACAGCAACCAAUCCAAUAUGGCUCAUAAAGACCCGUCUACAGCUGGAUGCAAGGAAUCGAGGUGAGCGAAGGAUGAGUGCGUUUGAGUGCGUACGGCGGGUGUAUCAGACAGAUGGCCUGCGAGGUUUCUACAGGGGAAUGUCGGCAUCCUACGCCGGUAUCUCAGAGACUGUGAUCCACUUUGUGAUCUAUGAAAACAUCAAACGCCGCCUCCUGGAGGCCAAGGCGCCGCAGAACAUGGACGAGGAAGAGGAGACGUCUAAGGACGCUUCAGACUUUGUGGGAAUGAUGCUUGCUGCUGCCACCUCCAAGACCUGUGCCACAUCCAUCGCUUAUCCUCACGAAGUGAUCCGCACCAGGCUACGCGAGGAGGGCACCAAAUACAACUCCUUCUUCCAGACUCUAAAAACAGUGCCCAAAGAGGAGGGGUACCGCGCCCUGUACCGUGGCCUCACCACCCACCUGGUACGACAGAUCCCGAACACCGCCAUCAUGAUGUGCACC